AAAUAUUUAUAUAUAUAUAUAUAAAAUUGGCAUAUAUAUUGCCUGGCUCCUUCACUCUCUUAGAGAUACAACCCAAACACUUGGGAGCUCAAAAUAAAAACAAACCGGACAACUUCAAAAAGAAAGAGAGAGAGAGAGAGAGAGAGGGAGAGAGAGAUGGGAAGGAGUCCUUGCUGUGCAAAAGAAGGGUUGAAUAGAGGAGCAUGGACAGCUUCAGAAGAUAAAAUACUCACUGAGUACAUUAAAGCUCAUGGUGAAGGAAAAUGGAGAAAUGUACCCAAAAAAGCAGGAUUGAAAAGAUGUGGGAAAAGUUGCAGAUUGAGAUGGUUGAAUUAUCUGAGACCUGAUAUUAAGAGAGGCAACAUUAGUCGCGAUGAAGAGGAACUGAUAAUCAGGCUACACAAGCUCCUGGGAAACAGGUGGUCUUUAAUUGCUGGAAGGCUUCCAGGGCGAACAGACAAUGAAAUCAAGAACUACUGGAACACCAACAUUGGCAAAAGAUUACAAGACCACCAUCAAACAAACUCUCCAUCAAGUACUACCAGAAGAGCUUCAUAUCAGUACCGAGAAAAGGCGAAUUUUGCAGUCGAAAAAAAAUCGCCAUCCAAGUCUCCGUCUCCGAAAACUGAUAAGGAUUCAAAUUUGAUUUGGACAAAGGCUUCAAAGUGUAACAAAGUGGUCAUUAGUCCCUUAGAACCACAAAAUUUUGACCAAGAUCAUCAAGUUAUUGACAGUAAGCAGCUUGCAGCUGGAGCCGGAUCCAGAGGUGGAGGUGGAGCCACAGUGGUGAUGAACAAUAAUGAUGAAGAUGAUCAUUAUACUGUGAAGGGAGGUGAAGCAUUACCGGAAUUCAACUUUCAGGAGAAUAAUCUAUCGGAUUUCAUGAUGGAUUUGCAAAUGGACGAGCAUUUACUGUCAUUUCUCAACUCAGAUUUCUCACAAUUAUCAUCUUUUGAAAAUAUUAUUAAUAAUGGAGGUCCAAGUGGUAGUGCUGAAAUCAUUAACUCAUGUGACAAAGGCUCUUUAGGUGGUGGUGAUGAUCGUCAUCCGAAUUCUAACCAAACCCUUUUGUUUUGUGAAGACAAGAAGAAGCUCCAUGACUCCGAUUUUCCCUUUAUGGAUUCAUUAAUGGGCUCCGGAUUUGAAUGGUUUCAAGACUAAAUAAUCACCUGACUUAACUAAUAUUAUUGUAAUUAUUAUUAUUAUUAUUAUUAUUAUCAUAUUAUGUAUAUACCUAGCUACAUGUAGAGAUAGUUAAGGAUGUAGCUCGUGCAAAAUAGGUUAAUUUUCCAUGUGCAUAAGAAUAUCUCUCUCUCUUUCUUUGAGCUUGUCGUUUGCAAUCUAGUGGGAACAUAAAAUAAAACUAUGUAUAAUUUAAAGAAUUUGAAUAUCAAAACUCUCUCU